GCGGCCGCCGGAAGUGCAGGGGGCGGAGGCGCUGGCGGCGGCGCCGGCGGCUGUAGGAGUCAUGGACGUAGAUGCUGAAAGAGAGAAGAUAGCAAAGGAGAUUGCAGAGCUUGAGAGGAUUUUGGAUCCCAGUUCCUCGAGCAUUGGUGUGGGUGUUUCUGAGUCUGGUCUUGCUUUGGAUUCUGAUGCAGAUUCACUGCCAGAGGAGGACUCGGAUGCUGCUGAUUCCCCUGUCUCGGAAGAGGAGAGGUGGGGUGAGGCCAGCAAUGGUGAGGACGACCCCAAGGAGAAGAACCUCCCUGAAGACCCAGAGACCUGCCUGCAGUUGAACAUGGUCUACCAGGAGGUCAUCCAGGAGAGGCUGGCGGAGGUCAGCCUCCUGCUGGCCCAGAACAGGGAGCAGCAGGAAGAGAUCAUGAGUGACCUGGCAGGGUCCAAAGGCCCCAAGGUGAAGGACGGCAAGAGCCUGCCCCCGAACCUGUACAUAGGGCACUUCAUGAAGCCCUACUUCAAGGAUAGAGUGACUGGAGUGGGGCCUCCUGCCAACGAGGAGACACGAGAGAAGGCCGCCCAGGGCAUCAAGGCUUUUGAGGAGCUCCUGGUGACUAAGUGGAAAAACUGGGAGAAGGCUCUGCUCCGAAGGUCAGUGGUGAGCGACCGCCUGCAGCGCCUGCUUCAGCCGAAGCUGUUGAAGCUUGAGUACUUGCACCAGAAACAGAGUAGGGUGACAAACGAGGCAGAGAGGCAGGUCCUGGAGAAGCAGAGCAGGGAGGCGGAGACAGAGGCCCAAGACAUCCGGCAGCUCCCAGAGGAGGCCUUGCUGGGGAACAGGCUUGACAACCACGACUGGGAGAAGAUUUCCAACGUUAAUUUUGAGGGCAGCCGCAGCGCAGAGGAGAUCCGGAAAUUCUGGCAGAACUUUGAGCACCCAAGCAUCAACAAGCAGGAGUGGAGUGGGCAGGAGGUGGACCAGCUAAAGGCUAUCGCCGCCAAGCAUGGCCACCUGCAGUGGCAGACGAUUGCCAAGGAGCUAGGGACCAACCGCAGUGCCUUCCAGUGCCUGCAGAAGUACCAGCAGCACAACAAGGCUCUGAAGCGCAAGGAAUGGACUCGGGAAGAGGACCGCCUGCUCACCCAGCUCGUCCAGGAGAUGCGUGUCGGCAGCCACAUCCCCUACCGGAGAAUUGUCUACUACAUGGAAGGGAGAGAUUCCAUGCAGCUCAUCUAUCGGUGGACCAAGAGCUUGGACCCCAGCCUGAAGAAGGGGUUCUGGGCCCCAGAGGAAGAUGCGAAGUUGCUUCAAGCAGUUGCCAAAUAUGGGGAGCAGGAUUGGUUUAAAAUCCGGGAAGAGGUGCCAGGUAGGAGCGAUGCCCAGUGCCGAGAUCGGUAUCUCAGACGGCUACACUUCAGCUUGAAAAAGGGGAGAUGGAAUGCAAGCGAGGAGGAGAAGCUGGUUGAGCUGAUUGAGAAGUACGGUGUUGGUCACUGGGCAAAAAUAGCUUCUGAACUACCUCAUCGGACGGGCUCCCAGUGUCUGAGCAAGUGGAAGAUCAUGGUCAGGAAGAAGCAGAGUCGGGGGAGGAGGAGGCGGCGUCCCCUUCGCAGUGUGCGAUGGAGCUCCAGCAGCGGGGACACCAGCAGUGAGGACAUCAGUGGCGAGGGCGGCAGCGGGAACAGCGAGGACUCAGAGCCAGAGGAAGCCCCGGAGGCUGGGACAGGUGGCCAGGCACCACCGUCCACACAGUACACUGUGCCGGACAUGGACCUGUGGGUGCCUGCCAGGCAGAGUGCCGCCUCGGCUCCCACAGAGGAGGUGGGCAGGGUACACGCCCCCUCCGGGACCCACAGCACCCACAGUGCAGGAGGCGUCGGGCACCCAGACUUGGUGGACACUCAUCCCUUGAGCUCAGAGGAGCCAACCAACAAGGAGAAACUGAGGCAGUCAUGCCUGCUCAGCUCAUCCCUGGGGGCCAGCCCUGGUGAUAGCAGUGUGGCCAGGCCCCGUGUACAGCAGCUGUGGCACAGGACAACCAGGAACAGGCGGCGGUGGCGGGGACAGGCCCUGCAGAGGAGGCUCCUUGAGUACCAGCUCCUGAUGGCCAUGAGCUCGUGGGUGGGUGAUGUCCUGCCCUGCACUUCCCGGAGGCCUGCCACAGUGCACACUCAAGCCGAUGGCCUCAGGAAGCAGCUGCAGGAUGCCCAGCUGACCAGCACCCCCGUGUUCACUCUCUUUAUCCAGCUGUUCCAGAUCGACACCACUGGCUGCAUGGAGGUUGUUCGAGAGAGGAAGGCCCAGUCAUCUGCCCUUCUCCAGACUAGUGCUCAGGACCCAGGGCCUGGGCUCCUACAGAUGUCUUCAAGUACACAGAACGCCACAGGCCGCAGCUUCUGCAGCCUGCCAUCACGAGAGCCUGCAAAGCAGAGCACCAGCCACAAGGGGAGCAGGGGCUGGCAGCCCUGCCGUGCCAAGUCCAGUCCACAGGCGCCCCUGCCAGCUCCGAGUGGCCCCCGGCCCAAGCCCAAGACCGUUUCCGAGCUGCUUCGGGAGAAGCGGCUUCGGGAGGCCCGGGCCCAGAAGGCCACCGAGGGCACUGUGGCUCUCACACCGCUGCUGCUGUCCUCACCACUAAUCCUCCAGCCUAGUCUACCACAGACCCCCCACCACCCCUCCACCUCGGGCCUGGCUGUCACAGACAUGGUGCUCUCUGGGCCUGGAGCCCCUGCAGUGACUGGGCUGAGGACGUCAGCCAAGGACGAGCGGCCCUCCACCCUGCCAGUCGUGGCCUGCACCCUGGCCUCCACAGAGGCUGUUCCUGCUGCCUCCAGAGCUCCGGUGCUGGGCCCCAGCCAGGUCUCCGUGAAUGGCCAUCAAGAUGGUCUGGGACAGUCCCAGGCCCCUGCCACGUCUCGGAAGCAGGGUCUGCCUGAGGCACCACUCUUUCUCCCUGCAGCCCCCAGCCCCACUCAGCUGCCUGUCCAGCCCCUCAGCCUGACGCCAGCUCUGGGCAUGCACAAGGAGGGGCCGCACGUGGUGGCUACCACUCCUCUGCCUGUCACCUGGGUGCUCACGGCUCAGGGGCUGCUCUCAGUGCCAGCUGUGGUGGGCCUUCGAGGCCCAGCGGGGGGGACCUCUGACCCCAAGGGACUGUCAGUGACUCUGUCACCCACCCUGCCUGGGAUGCAGGUAGGCCGGGACCCCAGGCCCUCUGGGCUGAGCCACCCUUGGCAGCCCCCGGCCAACGUGGACACAGACUCAGAUCCUCCCUCCAGGACAGACCUCUUGACCAUUCCAAUGCUCUGCCAGUCCCAAAAUUCUGUGGAAAUGGGUGGUGACGUGGCCCAUGCCUCUGGGGGACCUGCCUUCCCUGGAGAGGCACAAGUGGUCCAGGAGAUAGCUAUGCCCAGGAUACCCUCCCAAGCCACACUCCUGGCUGACCAUCCUGAAGCAAAGCCCUGCAGAUCCAGCCAGCCACCUAUGCAAGCUGAGAGUGGUCCAGGAGAGACACCAGGGUCCCCAAGGCCAGGGGGACUCCCGGGGCCUCUGGGCCUGGAGAGGCCACCCCCACCGCGGCCUAGGCCUGAGAGGGGUGCCCUAGACCUGGACCUCCUGUCCCAGGAGAGCGAGGCAGCUGUGCAGGAGUGGCUUAGGGGAAAGCAGGGGGUGUGCGUGCCUCCGCUGGGGAGCAGGCUACCCUACCAGCCACCUGCCCUGUGCAGCCUUCGGGCCCUGUCUGGACUCUUGCUCCACAAGAAGACCUUAGAGCAGAGAGCUACAUCCCUCAUGCCCAGUGGGGCAGCUGGAGCCCUGCAGGCCUCACUGGGACAGGUGCGGAGGCAGCUCCAGGACAGCCCGGCCUACCUGCUGCUGAAGGCACGGUUCCUGGCUGCCUUCACCCUCCCUGCACUCCUGGCCACCCUGUCUCCCCACGGCGUCCCCACUACCCUGUCAUUGGCCACGAGGGCUGACCCUGAGAGUGAGGAUGACCUGGGGGAGCUGGAGCUCACCUGUGGUCCUCAGGCAGGACCAGCAGCUACCAUCCCUGUUCAGGGAGCCCCAGACCCUGGGCAGAGCCUGGACGGUUGUGACAGCCUUGAUGUGCGCAGAACCCGGCAUGCCUGGCAUGCCCGGAAGCGGCAACGGCUGGUGUGAGCAGCAGGGAGGCGGGAGCCAUGCUGGACCCCAGUGAGCCCACCUGCCUGUGGAGCCCAGCUCCAACCCUCCCGGAGGAAGCAGCCUAAAGCAGUUGGAGGCUGGGGGAGGCUUCGCCGUGUGACCGUGAAGCCACUGGGGCUUGGCUAGUCCUCCAGCACAAAUCGGAAGGAAUGUUUGAAGGAAUAAAGUGAAUGGCUUAUUUUUUUAUUAAAAGGCAAGCCCCAGA